AAAAAUUCAAUCCAACUUGAAACUCAAUUAAAUGAACAUUCAACUAUUUGCAAAUAAAUUCUAUUCAUGGGUUUGAAUGAAUUUAUCAACCUUUAACUGUUCACAAACUGUUCAACUAAAUAAUUGACAAUUUGGGGCAAAAAGUUAAUUGAAAAGUUUGAAUUUGUUUUAACCUUUUCUUCAAAUUAACGUUUGAUUUUGUACUUGACUUUAAUUUUCCAAAUGGAAGAAGAAAAAUUAUUUAAACAAGUAACUAUUCCUUUCCGUUUGGAAAAGUCGUUAAUUGUGAUUCCUCAAAUUAGGAUAAUAAGAAAAUCAAAAUUGUAUCUUAAUUGUUACUCGGAAAAUUACAUUGGCAUUUGUGAGAGAUGAUUAAUUUAUUAUUCUUUGAAGGAAUUUGCUUAGAAAUUGGGAUAAGAUUUGAGAAAAUUAUUCCUUUGAUCAACUAGUCUUUAGAUUGUUAGUUAAUUGUGAUCAAUUGUUUCAAGCUGAGAAUGAAAGUCACUUCAUGUCGCCACAUUCGUUGGUUGAACUUCGUUGGAGAGAAUAACCGAGGGCGUAACCCGCCUCGCGAAUUUCGAAUAACCGAUUUGGCGAAAAAAACGGUUUUGGAUUUUGAAUUUUGUUUGUAUUUUCUCAUUUUCUCUUUAUCUUCUCAUUUGUAAAUUAUUCUAAUUGGUUUAGAAAUUAAUUUUUAUCUCCAUCUUCAUCUUCAUCAUCAUGAGUUUUCUUGAAGAUAUUGUGAACAAUUUUAAUCGUUACAAAUUAACAGCAGAUGAGAAAUUAAAGAUUCCCGGUUUACUUCAAUUAACUUCCAUUGUCUCAGAUCGUCUUUAUUUUGCCACGGUCACCAACGGCUUCCCUCAUUUUAACCAAGAUAGUUUACCUUAUAUUGCCGUUAGUAAUGAUGAAUUUCAAUACAAGGGGUUCGAUAGAGAUUUUGGUCCCUUCAAUUUGGCAGUUGUCUAUUUAUUUUGUGAGAAAAUGUCCCGGAUAAUGGAUUCAUCUCCAUCUAAACCAAUAAUACAUUAUACAUAUGGUUCUGACGAAGAUAGAGUCAACUCAGCUUUUCUAAUUGGUUGCUAUGCUAUAAUUAAACUCGGUAUUGAUUGUAAUCAAGUGAUGAUUAAAUUAAGAAAAAAUAGUCCAGCUCGAUAUCGUACUUAUCGUGAUGCAUCUUACUCUUCAUGUGAUUUUGGUUUACCUUUACCUGAUUGUCUUAAAGCUAUACAAAAAGCAAUUAAAUCAAAAAUUUAUGAAUACUCUAAAUUUGAUUUAGCCGAAUAUCUUUUCUACGAAGAAGUUCGUAAUGGUGAUUUAAAUUGGAUUAUUCCCGGUAAAUUGAUUGCUUUCUGUGGACCAACAGAAGGUGGUCUUCUUUUACUUAGUAACGUUUUCAGUUACAGUCGACUUCCACCCGAAUAUUAUUUUAGCUAUUUUACCAAAAAUGGUGUCACAACGGUGGUUCGACUUAAUUCACCCGUUUAUAGUGGGAAAAUUUUCUCUGAAGUUGGAAUCCGUCAUAUUGAUCUUUACUUUGAUGAUGGAACUACUCCAGACUUAUCGAUUGUUGAUAAAUUUCUCGAAGUUUGUGAAGGUACUUCAGGAGUAGUCGCUGUUCAUUGUAAAGCUGGCCUUGGACGGACAGGAACUCUCAUUGCAUGUUAUCUAAUGAAACACUAUAAAUUCACGGCAGCUGAAGCAAUUGCAUGGAUCAGAAUAUGUCGACCAGGUUCAAUCAUUGGUCCUCAGCAACAAUGGCUGGUCACAAUGCAACCUCGUCUAUGGCUUGCUGGAAGUGCGAUUCAUGACUCGAAGCGUGAAAAGUCAAAGAAAAACGUUACCAAUGGAGGAGAUACUAUUAUAAAUGAGAAAGAAAAAGAUAAAAAAUCUGAUAGUCUUUCCAAAAUUACCUGUGAAUUUAAACGAAUUGAAAUACGUGAUGGAGCAAAUAAAUCUAAAUCGUCAGAAAAAUUAACAACUUCAACAAAAAGCACAAACUCAAAGGAUAGUAUCAAAUCAGAUCAGUCGAUUAAACUGAAAAGUGGUCGUCCAGAUACUCGAAGUAAUCGUCAACCUAAUUCAUUAUCAACAUCAUCUUCUACUUCCUCAUCAUCAACAACUUCAGCCUUGUCAUCAAACAACAACAACAACAACAACAACAACGACAAUAACAAUGAUGAGAGUAUGAAUAACAGUAACACUGAAACACAAGGUGAUCGUUUGAAUAGACUUAAAUUGAAUAGAUCAGCAUCUCAACCCAAUGAAAGGAUAAUCCCAAUAAAGAUUGAAACUCGAGCUGAAUCUGCUAUGAAACACAACAACAACAACAACAAUAACAACAAUAAUAAUAUUAAUGAAAGUAUUAUUAUCAUCAAAAAUGAUCAUCGUCACAAUACUAAUGAUAAAAUUAGUAAAAAUAACAAUUCCAUAGAAAACAAAUAUUCCAGCCUAAAUAAUAACAUUUCAGGUCAACACCAUCAUUACAAUACUCGUUCAUGUGGACGAUCCAAUGGAACCUCUAAAUUAACAUUAUCAUCAUCAGAAUCGGCAUCUUCAUCACCUGCAAUUCGUAAAUCAUCUCGAACCUCAAAAGGUCUUGAUCUAUGGCGACAAGUUGUUCCUGUUCAUGAGGUUAUCUUUAAUCCACCCUCAUCAUCAUCUACUAAUCCAGUUAAUCUGAUUAACAAGAAAUUAAUUAAACCCGCUGCUAGAAUACUUCGUUCUCGAGGUCGUUCAUAUUCACCUAUGAGACAAGCUCGAGUUGGACCAACAAUUAAAACACGUUUAACAACUUUCUCUGAAUCAAUGAACACUAAUCAAUCCAAUUUCACUAACAAUCAACAAUAUUAUCAACAUUCUGAAUCAAUUUUCUCAAGACAAUCCUCAAAUAAUCAAACAUCGGCAUCAACCCAAAAAUCUUCCGUUAUCAUCACAUCAACAUCUCAUGGUCAAACUAACAAAAGCACCUCGACAAAACGUAGAUGACAAUCCGGGCAGUCCACUCGUCAACCUCUUCACCACGUAAUACGAAAGCGAACCUUCAAAACUAAACAACGAUACACGAAAAAAAUGAUCGUCCCUCGACAAAAGAGUCGCGGGAAAAAAAAUGUUAACCUUCCCAGUAGAGAAUUGAUAAGCUUGGGAUUAAUUUCUCUAGAUUGUUGUAAAUACGAGUUACGAUCCAAAAGUAAUAGUAAACGACGAUCGAAAGGUUCAGACAAGUGAUAAACACGAGAGAAACUCAAAAACAGAAGAAAAUCAAUCAAUUUGGAGCAAUUGAUUCUUCGCAUAAAGAAUCAAUUGUUUUCAAUUUCUUCAUAAUUAAUUGUUUGAGAUUAGUUUUAAUCUGAUAAAUUUAUUUAAAGGUCUUUAGUUUAUUUAAUAGACUUUCAUUAUUUUUAAUUUUCUUUUAAUUUACUUUUCCAUUUUAACCCUUAUCUGUUUUGAUUGAAUCUCUCUGUAACUUUCAGCUGAUCAAUUCAAAGCUAAUCAAACUACUAAAACUACUACUACAAUUAAUUUAAUGGUUGACGAGUGAGCGAUGCCCAGUAAUUCAUUUACCUCGCACCUCCCGUUCCAUAGGACAUGCCUCCCACCGACGAUACGACAAUGAUGACGACGAAACGAAAAGAAAACGAAAUUCAAACUCAACUUAAUUUUUCCAUUUCAAACAAAUUGACAGAGAAAAGCAACACAACUCAUUGGAUUUGUGGACUGAUUAACUUCCAAUUGUUUCUAUCUAAUCCUUUUAUUAUCCAUUUUUAAUAAUUACCGUUAAUUUAACAAUCGACAGACAAACAAGGAGAUUAUCAGAAAAAAAAGAAAACGUUUUUAGUUGAAACACAAUUUGUUUGUUUGAAAUUGAUGAUGAUGAUGAUAAAUUAACUACUUUUAUCACUUAUUAACUAAAUAGUUAUAUUAUAUAAUAUAACACUAAUUCACUUUUACUAAUCAACUAAACUGUAUAAUCCUCUUUCCAAUAUCUUAAUUAGUUAAUUGUGUGAUCGUAAAUGAUUCUUUCCCUCUUCUAAAAAAGUAAUUUUAUCUUUUCAAUUGUAUUUUUAAUUUGAUUAUUUUCCCUCUUCUCCUCUUACAAUUGUAUAAAUUUGAUUAUAUUUUUGUGCUU